AUGGGUGAUUUUCGGUGGAAUGAAUUUUAUCACGAUCUUGAAUUAGAGAAAGCUCGACGAUAUUUUUUUCCUAUAUUGUUACUUUUAUUACAAAUCUUAUUCAUUAUUCUAUUCGGUGUUCAUUCAGAAUAUAAUUUAAGACCCAGAUAUCCUAAUGGAAGUAUUAUUAUACAAUCUUUUGACGAACCACCAGAACGAGGAGAUGUUGACACAUUUUAUCCAAUGUUUCAAGAUGUUCAUGUGAUGAUGUUUAUUGGUUUUGGGUUUUUGAUGACAUUUUUAAGACGUUAUAGUUUUUCAGCUGUUUGUUUCAACUUUUUAAUUGCCGCAUUUGUACUCGAAUGGGCUAUUAUUAUUCGUGGUUAUGUUUUCGAUUGGAAUUUAAGUCGACAUGUAUUCGGAGUAGAUGUACAGAGUUUAAUUCAUGCUGAUUUUGUUUGCGCAGCUGUUCUGAUAUCGUUUGGUGCUGUUUUGGGUAAAACAAAUCCGGCACAGUUAAUUGUUUUAGCUUUAUUUGAAGUUGUUAUUCAAGUAUGGAAUGAAUGGAUUGGUUCGACAUUAUUUUGUGCUUAUGAUGCAGGAGAGUCUGUUUAUGUUCAUAUAUUUGGAGCCUAUUUCGGAUUAGCUGUCGCAUUUGUGUUACAUAAAGCUGAUGUAUUAGAAUCGGCUAAGGAAGGCUCGAGUUAUGCAUCCGAUAUAUUUAGUAUGGUUGGAACAUUGUUUUUGUUUUGUUUUUGGCCAAGUUUCAAUGCCGGUACAGCUUAUGGUGAUGGUCGGUUGCGUGCUGUUACAAACACGUACAUUUCUAUUUGUUCAUCUGUGUUAUGUACAUUCAUCUUAUCAGCAUUUCUUGGUAAAGGUAAAAAAGAGAUAAUUCAUAUUCAAAAUGCAACACUGGCUGGGGGUGUAGCUGUGGGGUGUGUCGCUGAUAAGAAUAUCGGGCUGUUUGGAGCAAUGAUCAUUGGCUCUUUGGCUGGUACGAUUUCAACAGUUGGUUAUAAACAUUUACUAGAGCGUUUGAAAAAGCUACAUAUCCACGACACGUGCGGUGUCCACAAUCUUCACGGAAUGCCUGGUGUAUUAUCAGGUUUUGCCGGUAUUGUAGUGGCAUCGAUGCCACAGCGAUCACUCUAUAAAGAAGGUUUAUCUGAACAAUGUUUUGGUGGUGGUCUUAACCGUUCAGUUCGAAUUCAAGCUGCAUAUCAAGCAGCUGCUGUAUUUUUAACUCUUGGCUUGGCUAUUGUUGGUGGUCUGUUAACUGGGCUCUUUUUACGUUUACCAAUAUUCAAUACACCUGAUCAAGACACGUAUUUUGAUGAUAGUUUGAAUUGGAUAGUACCGGACGAUUUUGUUGAUGCGGAAACAUCGGCUAUUGGAAAAUUAGCUAAACAAUUGAAAAUGAAUAUGCCACAACUGAAUGAGGAAGAUAUGCCACCCGCCGAGAUAGACGAUGGAAUGCAUUUGACGAUCGAUGUGCCGAAUCAGCAAGGAAAAAUAAGAAUAAGUCUACCGUUUAUGCAAGCAAAUGAAAUAAAUGAAAUAAAUGAACUAUCACGUCGACCAUCAGCAAAUCGACAUCCAUCAUCAAUUCGUUCUCCUCAUUCUGGAGCACAUACAGCUCUAUCAUUACCUCCACAGCUGUCUAGUUCAACGAUUCAUAAGUUAUCACCGCAUAUGACGCAUGUAGCUCGAUUUUAA